CAAGGGAGGGAGAAGCAACGUUGCCAUAUUGUCGUACUCAGCCACUUAUAUUUCCCCAUUACCCACCAAAACCUGUCAUUCCCACCCCGAUAUUGAGAUCCAUGUGCAGUUCUCAUUAAAACCUAUAAUUACCGGUCUUAUUUGCCACAAUCACAAGCGAGAAAACCGAGAAAAUACGAUAAUGUGGUAACGGUGAAACGCGUGUGGCUUCCUCCUCCUCGACCUCAGUGAUGCGUGCCCUUUUUUCCUCCCCUGUGGCUCCUCGGGACUUAAUAUAAUGUCUGAAACGAGCCAUUUAUUCACUAACGACCAGGGGGAGCGGCUCACCUUCGUCACCAGCGGCUGUAAAUUCUGCGGCAGGGUUUCAAGGCUAAUCAGGACAUAUGGGGGUGAGGUGGUGGAGGAGGCGGGGCCCCACACCGUAGUGCUGGCGCCGGAGAGCUCAGCGAGGCAGCACAAGCCGUCCACCGCCAGGACGCUCAACACCUUCAGCUACCUCUACGUCCUGAACUGUGUCAAGCGCAAGGAGCUGCUGCCACUCAAGGACUACUGGGUGCACAGGGACCCGACGCAUGAUGACGGCGUCGACCUGAAUACCAUCAUGCUCGGGUACUUCACCUGGGAUGGCCAACUUGUCAGGCAACCACCGAAACAGCAGCCUUCCUCCACAACAGCAAGUAGGGAGGAUGCAGGGAAGCCACAAGAACCCCCAGUCAAGAACUGUUCUGUUGUGCUGGAGAACAUAAUGCUUCGAGGUGCUGCCAAAGGAACCAACACCUCCAGCCAGACGAAACGCCCUCGCCGGGAUGACAGCCGUGCCGCAGCCUCCCGUGACGCAGAGGAAGAAAACAGUUCAAACUACUCAACAAACUUACACAGAGACGAGGGAGGGGAAGAGAGAGGCCCUGCUUCCUCAAUGUCUACUUCUUACCGUCCUUCUUUGAGGCAUAGAGUACAAGAUGAGUCAACUGAGGAGCCCCUGGCCCUCACCUUAGACGAAGAACACAGGAUGAUGGAGGAGGAGGAGGAGGAGGUGCAGAGAUUAGUGACAGAUGAUGAUGAUGAAGAAACUGAUGUAGAACUUCCCAGUCUAGCCGCUGGUGAUGCCUCAGACAGCAGGGCCACAAGACGACAUCCACGGCAGAACAACAAAGUGCGUGCUGCUGCUGCCCGCCGCCAGAGGGACGGGACCAUCAGCGAGGCAUCAAUGGUCAUCUUCAACAUGGGCAAUCUCAGUGGAGAGGACAGGACCUCACACUCGGACAGGAAGCCUAGGAGUCACCCAAGGAGUUCAAACAGCAGACUGACAACUCACCAAACAUAUAACGUAGCCAACAGCAGUAGUGAAAGUCGGCCUUCUAGCGACGGGGAACUCAGAAUCAGGAACCCCAGUGGACGGGACAGGACCUCCGAACACUUGGACAGGAAGCUCAGGAAGGUUCACCCAAGGAGGAGAAACGGCAGGCUGACAGAUCACCAGACAGAUAAUGUAGCCAACUGCAGCACCGAAAGUUGGCCCUCUAGCGACAGGGAACUCAGAAUCAGGACCUCUGAACACUCAGACAGGAACCUCAGGAAGGCUCAAAGGGGGAGAAAUGGCAGGCUGGCAGAUCACAAGACAGAUAACGUAGCCAACACCAGCAGCGAAAGUCAGGUCACCAAGGAAGAGGUCAGAAUCAGGAACGCCAACGGACUGGACAGAGCCUCCGCACACUCUGGCAGGAAGGCUCAUCCAAGGAGGAGAAACGGCAGGCUGACAAAUCACCAGACAGAGAGCGUGGCCAGCGACAGCGACAGCAGCAGCAGUGAAAGUCAGCACGCCAGCGAGGAAGAGCUCAGAAUCAGGAAACAGAAAAGAAGGAAGAGGAGGCGCUACCAUCCAGCGAUUGAGGAGGACGAGGAGGAGGAGGAGGAGCCUGUCUUGAGGAAUAUUCAGCCAAGGGUUCAGCUGACCCCCGUUGCCAAUACCAAGCUGUCCAAGGAAGCAGAGAGCAAACGAACUCGCCGUGAAUGUAGAGUGGAUGCCGGGAGUUCCUCUGAGACUAGAUGGGAGGAAAAAACUCCCAAAAUCCCUCAUGUUUAUGUUGGAAAGAGGUGGAUGGGCAGUGACCCAGCGAAGGAUCGGGGAAGGCAAACCACCACAGAGAGACAAACAAGGGCUGCAUCAUCUCAUCCAGGGCCAAGCGGCAACCCAGCUCCGUCAGCCUCCCGGGGAAGUUGGAUGAGCCUGCCCACUGUAAGCACCUCCUCCGAGACCUCAAGCCAGAAUAACUGCCCCCUGUUCAAGAGUCCCAGUGCCCCUGUUGCAGAGAGGCAACCACCGAAGCAGCAGCCUUCCUCCACAACAGCAAGUAGGGAGGAUGCAGGGAAGCCACAAGAAUCCCCAGUCAAGAACUGUUCUGUUGUGCUGGAGAACAUAAUGCUUCGAGGUGCUGCCAAAGGAACCAACACCUCCAGCAUCAGCCAGACGAAACCCCCUCGCCGGUAUGACAGCCGUGCCGCAGCCUCCCGUGACGCAGAGGAAGAAAACAGUUCAGUCUACUCAACAAACUUACACAGAGACGAGGGAGGGGAAGAGAGAGGCCCUGCUUCCUCUAUGCCUACUUCUUACCGUCCUUCUUUGAGGCAUAGAGUACAAGAUGAGUCAACUGAGGAGCCCCUGACCCUCACCUUAGACGAAGAACACAGGAUGAUGGAGGAGGAGGAGGAGGAGGUGCAGAGAUUAGUGACAGAUGAUGAUGAUGAUGAAGAAACUGAUGUAGAACUUCCCAGUCUAGCCGCUGGUGAUGCCUCAGACAGCAGGGCCACAAGACGACAUCCACGGCAGAACAACAAAGUGCGUGCUGCCGCUGCCCGCCGCCAGAGGGACGGGACCAUCAGCGAGGCAUCAAUGGUCAUCUUCAACAUGGGCAACCUCAGUGGACAGGACAGGACCUCACACUCGGACAGGAAGCCUAGGAGUCACCCAAGGAGUUCAAACAGCAGACUGACAACUCACCAAACAUAUAACGUAGCCAACAGCAGUAGUGAAAGUCAGCCCUCUAGUGACGGGGAACUCAGAGUCAGGAACCCCAGUGGACGGGACAGGACCUCCGAACGCUUGGACAGGAAGCUCAGGAAGGUUCACCCAAGGAGGAGAAACGGCAGGCUGACAGAUCACCAGACAGAGAGCGUGACCAUCGACAGCGACAGCAGCAGCAGCGAAAGUCAGCACGCCAGCGAGGAAGAGCUCAGAAUCAGGAAACAGAAAAGAAGGAAGAGGAGGCGCUACCAUCCAGCGAUUGAGGAGGACGAGGAGGAGGAGGAGGAGCCUGUCUUGAGGAAUAUUCAGCCAAGGGUUCAGCUGACCCCCGUUGCCAAUACCAAGCUGUCCAAGGAAGCAGAGAGCAAACGAACUCGCCGUGAAUGUAGAGUGGACGCCGGGAGUUCCUCUGAGACUAGAUGGGAGGAAAUAACUCCCAAAAUCCCUCAUGUUUAUGUUGGAAAGAGGUGGAUGGGCAGCAACCCAGCGAAGGAUCGUGGAAGGCAAACCACCACAGACAGACAAACAAGGGCUGCAUCAUCUCAUCCAGGGCCAAGCGGCAACCCAGCUCCAUCAGCCUCCCGGGGAAGUUGGAUGAGCCUGCCCACUGUAAGCACCUCCUCUGAGACCUCAAGCCAGAAUAACUGCCCCCUGUUCAAGAGUCCCAGUGCCCCUGUCGCAGAGAGGAAGGGGAACUACAGGAUUGAUGAAGAUGUGGACAUCCUGAAGUACAUCAUCAGUAACCAAGGCCAUGAUCUUGUGGGUGGACGGGCGUUCUGGCAGGAGAUGGAGGGGAACAUGGGUCACAGACGAACAUGGCAGAGUCUGAAGGAACGCUAUCGAAUGCGCAUCUUGCCCAACCUCAUGAGCUACAAGCGGCACGGCCUUGACCCCAGUGACUUGAGGCAGCUGGGGGGCACGAUGGAGGUGGCCAAGAAAGGGUUGAAGAAGAGGAUGUUCAGGACAGAGUUCACGCUGGACGAUGACCUGCUCAUCCUCAAAUUCAUCUCCAAAAACCACCGAUAUGGAGACGUCGGUGGGUUGCUUCUGUGGCAGGAGAUGGAGAAUCGGUGUCCCAUGCUAGCCAGCCACCCAUUCUCCAGCCUCAAGACCAGGUUUAUGAAGAAGAUCCUGCCCAACAUCACUGCCUACAACCUUACCGAUGAUGAGGUGUACCAAUUCCAGAACAGAAGUAGGCUGAGAGAGCACCAGAAGGAGGGAGAAAAGAAGAAACAACACGUGCCCAGAUACACCAGAAGAAGAGUGUUACCCUCAGAAAGGAAAUCUGCAGCUAAGACAUCCACUAGACACAUCACCAAGAAGGCCAAACAUCAGGACAUCAUGAAUACAGGCUCAGAAAACUCCGACAAAGAGGAAUCCCAAAGUGAGGACUCCACAUACGCUCUCAACACUCCACUCAACCACAUAGACAAGCUUGAAAAACGAAUCCACAAAAGAGCGCUCUCUCAGAAUGAAACGCAGGAGCUUCUUCAAGACCGUCCCGCGCAACGACCGGACACAGACACCCACCCAACCGACACCCCUCAGCAGUCCUCUCAGGGCCCCGCAAAGCCACAGAGGAAGAGGCUGCUAGUGGUGGAUAAUGUUAUGGAGUUGUCUCCCAAAACUCCCUUCCGAUAUGACUCCAUUGACCGCACAGCCAUACACAGGAGGAAGAAAGAAUUGUCUGAGGCACAUACAGACACUGCUACCCACACUACAAAACAGAGGAUGAAAAAGCAAGAAUCUGAGGCACGUAUCACUGCCAUCCACACUACAGUACAGCGGUCAAAAAGCCAACAGUCUGAGGCCCAUGAGAGCACUACCAAACAACUCUCUGAAGCACAUAAGAACACAACGACGCACACCACUCUACACAGGACGAAGAAGGAGUCUGAGGCACACAAGAAACAGGGCCCAAGAGGUGUGAUGGAGGAGGAAGAGGAAGAGCAGGAGGAAGACGAAAGCUCACAGGACAAACCAGAAGUACAAAGGAGGAAAAGACAGUCUGAGGAACACAAGAAUCAGGGCCCAAGAGGUGUGGUGGAGGAGGAAGAGGACGAGCAGGAGGAAGACGAAAGCUCACAGGACAAACCAGAAGUACAAAGGAGGAAAAGACAGUCUGAGGAACACAAGAAUCAGGGCUCAAGAGGUGUGGUGGAGGAGAGCUCUCAAGAUGAACCAAGAGAGAAAAUGGGGAAGAUAGUCCACGAGGCAGAGGUACACAGAGAGAUGGCAGAUGAAGACUCACCACAGAGAGUAAACACUAGAGAGAAGAGCCCCUUAACCACCUCAACACUACAGGAGGAGAUGGAAGAGGAGACGGAGAACUUGCAACUCCCAGAAGUCACGCCACAGAAGACCAUGAGAGAGAACAGCUCCUUAACCAUCCCAACACCACAGAAGGAGAAGGAACAGCAGACGGAGAACUUGCAACUCCCAGAAGUCACGCCACAGAAGACCAUGAGAGAGGACAGCUCCUUAACCAUCCCAACACCACAGAAGGAGAAGGAACAGGAGACAGAGAACUUGCAGCUGCCAGAAGUCACGCCACAGAAGACCACGAGAGAGAAGAGCUCCUUAACCAUCCCAACACCACAGGAGGAGAUGGAAGAGCAGACAGAGAACUUGCAACUGCUGGAAGAGAUCAUCGAAGAGACCGAAGAGGAGCGAGAAGUUAUGGCGCUGGAAAACGAGGCGGCAGUACUCGAAAAGUUGUUAAAUGAGAAGGAACUGUCGGAAGAGGAUGAAAUGAGCCCAGGGGAGGAAGAGCUGGAGGUCCACAUACUAAACCCCGCUGAUAAGACUCACAUAGCAGGACUAGAAGAGAAGAUGGGGACACAGGAAGGAAGGGUAACACAUGAAUCACACACCCCACAAGGCACUCACUUCUCCCCAGUCAUCCCCUGUCUCCGCCUCACAUAUCCUCACCCCAAGUCACCCUCUGCAGGAGAGAGCGCCCUCACCACCCAUGCCAGCACCCACACCACACCCCCUCCCCACCAUCAAGGCCUUGCACCACCAGCACCAGCACCCCCUCCCCACCAAUGCAGCCCCUCCACACCCCCUCCCCACCUCAGCCCUGUACCACCCCUUCCGCACCAGCACCACAGCCCUUUGACAGCCCCUCUCCUCAGUCCUGCAACACCCCUUCCUCACCACAGCCUUAUAGCAUCCCCUCUCCACCUCAGCCCUUCAACACCUAUCCCUCCCCACCACAGCCCUGCAAAAGUCCCCCUACUCAGCCCUUCAACACCCCAUCCCCACCACCACACCCCUGCAACACCACCCCCUCCCCACCUCAGUCCGUCAACACCCCCUCUUCACCUCAGCCCUUCCCCACCACCCCCUCUCCACCUCAGCCCUUCACCAACACCCCCUCCCCAGCACCACACCCCUAUAACACCCCCAGCACUCCUUCCCCAACACAGCAAAACUUCACCAACACCCCUCCCCACCACACCCAGCUAA